AUGGGGUUUUCAAUGGAUUAUUUCAGCAUUGUCCCUGUAGAUAUCACAUCAGAGAUAUUAACUCGACUACCAAUGGAGUCGGUUCUUGAUUGCAAAUUAGUUUGCACUAAUUGGAAAAGUCUUAUUCGUCAGUUAUCAUUCUCAAAGGUGCACUUAUAUCGUCAUAAUCAUCCUGCUGGUAAGUUGGCGUUUAGAAAUACGACUGAUAACAAAGAAAUUUUUUACUAUUUUGAAUGUGAUGAGAAUCAUGAUGAGCCAAUUCAGAGAACUAAAAGAAUUAAAUUUAGCUCUCCGUUUAGUGAUACUAUGUUUGUUGGUUCAUGUAAUGGGUUGAUCUGUCUUCUUGACUACGAUUACCCAUCUUUUUGUAUUUGUAACCCAAUCACUCGAGAAUAUGUUUUGCUUCAAUACUUUAAGAGGGAUGCUGAAGAAUAUGAUCAUUGGGUGGGUGGAUUUGGUUAUCUUUCUUCCACCAAUGAAUACAAAGUUGUAGGAAUAUGUAAGUUGGAGAGCGGGUUUGUAGAAGUCUAUAUAUACACUCUAGGCAGUGGAUAUGGAUGGAGAAACGUUGGAAACUUCAAUUUUGAACUCAGUCAGCGUCGUAUGGACCAUGGUAUCUUUCUCAAUGGAGCUCUUUAUUGGAUGGACAGUAAAUUAAAAACGAUCCUCACCUUCGAUUUGGCUAAGGAGAAGUUUUGUGAAAAUCUUUCACCACCACCUCUGAAACAAGAUAAUGGCUAG